GAAUUUGGGAGGCUGUAUCUUACUGGAGACAAGGCUCGGAUUGUAACUGAUCGUAGAGGUCAACAUUUCCUGGAGUUCCUUGGACACGUAGAUACUUCCCACGCCUAGAUACUUCCCACGCCUAGAUACUUCCCACGCCUAGAUACUUCCCAAGUUAAGCUCAGUGGCAGGACAGUUGAUCUGGGCGAAAUUGAUACCGUUGUGUCGAGUUGCAAAGGAAUCAAAGAGGCGGUGACAGUCUCAUAUAAGCGAUUCGCCGAUCAGGCAGAUAGCGAGGACGCUGUUUGUUUCAUUAUACAUGAAGCGGGUAACACCAAGGAAGAUGUGUAAAUCAGGUUUCGUGAAAACGCAGCUCGACUCCUUCCAUCAUACAUGUGUCCCUCGAAGUAUUUUGUCUUAUAUGAGAUGCCAAAAUCUUUGGCUGGUAAGAUUGACAGAAAAGCUCUAUCUGCUAUGAUGGAAAGUUUUUGGAAUGAGGAAGGCUCGAAGCCCACUCUUUCGAUCCAAAGUGGUGAAGAUAUCAGUUCGAUGGAUUCUUAUUGGCAAGACGAAAUCGAGAAACUGAUUUGCCACCUAUUGUCGAAGCUGGUAGAAUCUGCCGCUAAUUUGGAUUCUAACACUAACUUGUUCGCUCUUGGUAUUGACAGUUUGAAAGCUAUUCGCUUUUUGCAGCUAGCUAGAGAUGUCGGCAUCACUGAGCUCAGUAUUGCUGAUGUAUUUGGAGGUGCAACUCCCCUAAAGUUGAGAAACGUCAUAGUGGAGCGCCGCAAAAGUGAUACUGGUGAGACACCUGCUCAUCAUGAAGUAGGCGCUCCUCCCAUAUCAUCCUGACGACAAAUGAGUUGGCGUUUUCGUCUGGUCGAUUCAAGUACCCAAUGUUGACUUGAGGCCCCCCAAUUGCAAGCUCACCAGCAAA